GAGAGAGACUCUGAUUCUUGCCUGAACACAAACGCGCGUUAAAGUCAAACUCACACCCCGGCGUUUGGUCUGAGAGGAAGAGGAGCAGAAAAGAAAGAGGAGGAAGAAGAGGCGCUAAUGUUCACCUGAGAUUUAUACAGAGAGAGAGAGAGAGAGAGAGAGAGAGAGAGAGAGACAUGGCUGCAUCUGAACUCUAUACAAAGUAUGCUCGGGUGUGGAUCCCCGACCCAGAGGAGGUGUGGAGGUCAGCAGAGCUCACUAAAGACUACAAACCGACAGAUACAUCACUGCACCUACAGCUGGAAGAUGGCAAGUGUCUGGAGCACAAGUUGGACCCGAAGACGAAAGCUCUGCCUCACCUGAGGAACCCCGACAUCCUGGUGGGAGAAAAUGACCUGACGGCUCUGAGUUACCUUCAUGAACCGGCUGUGUUACACAACCUGAAAGUGCGCUUCAUCGACUCCAAACUCAUCUACACCUACUGCGGUAUCGUGUUGGUGGCCAUUAAUCCAUAUGAACCGCUGCCCAUCUAUGGCACAGACAUCAUUAACGCUUACAGCGGACAGAACAUGGGAGACAUGGACCCACACAUAUUCGCCGUGGCUGAGGAGGCCUACAAACAGAUGGCCAGAGAUGAGAGGAACCAGUCCAUCAUCGUCAGUGGGGAGUCUGGUGCAGGGAAGACGGUUUCAGCCAAAUACGCAAUGCGAUACUUCGCUACGGUGAGCGGCUCAGCCAGCGAGGCCAACGUGGAGGAGAAGGUGCUCGCCUCUAACCCCAUCAUGGAGGCCAUAGGAAAUGCCAAAACCACCAGGAACGACAACAGCAGCCGUUUCGGGAAGUACAUCGAGAUCGGAUUCGACAAGCGCUACCACAUCAUCGGCGCUAACAUGAGGACGUACCUGCUGGAGAAGUCGCGAGUCGUGUUUCAGGCAGAUGAGGAGAGGAAUUAUCACAUCUUCUACCAGCUCUGUGCCUCCAACCACCUUCCUGAGUUUAAGACCCUGAAACUUAGCAGUGCGUCUGAAUUCCACUACACCAGACAGGGCCGGAACCCAGUCAUUGAUGGAGUAGAGGAUGCGAGAGAGAUGUCGAUGACGAGGAACGCCUUCACACUGCUGGGCAUUAACGAGUCGUAUCAGAUCGGGCUGUUUAAGGUCCUGGCAGCCAUCUUGCACCUGGGCAACGUGGAGGUAAAGGACAGAGACUCUGACAGCAGCAUCAUACCACCCAGUAACGGUCACCUGAGUGUGUUCUGUGAUCUUCUGGGCGUGGCCUAUCAGGACAUGGCUCACUGGCUGUGCCAUAAGAAGCUGAAGACGGCGUCUGAGACGUACAUCAAACCGGUUCCCCGAGUGCAAGCCAUGAACUCCAGAGACGCUUUGGCUAAACACAUCUACGCCAAACUGUUCAACUGGAUCGUGGAGCAUGUCAACAAGGCUCUGCACUCGUCUGUCAAGCAGCACUCGUUCAUCGGCGUACUCGACAUCUACGGGUUUGAGACCUUCGAGAUUAACAGUUUUGAGCAGUUCUGUAUCAACUAUGCUAAUGAGAAACUCCAGCAGCAGUUCAACAUGCACGUCUUUAAGCUGGAGCAGGAGGAGUACAUGAAGGAGCAGAUUCCUUGGACGCUGAUCGAUUUCUACGAUAAUCAGCCGUGCAUUAAUCUGAUCGAGGCUAAGAUGGGUGUUCUCGACCUGUUAGACGAGGAGUGCAGGAUGCCGAGGGGUUCGGAUGACUCUUGGGCUCAGAAGCUCUAUAACACUCAGUUGAAGACUUGUGCACUUUUUGAGAAGCCGCGGAUGUCCAACAAAGCCUUCAUCAUCCAGCACUUUGCAGAUAAAGUGGAGUAUCAGUGUGAGGGAUUUUUGGAGAAAAACAAGGACACAGUGAAUGAAGAGCAGAUUAAUGUUCUGAAGGCCAGUAAGUUUGACCUGCUGGUGGAGCUCUUCCAGGAUGAGGACAAAGUAACGACCCCUACAGGGAGUGGUCCUGCCCCUGGGGGCCGCACUCGCCUCAGUGUCAAACCAAACAAGGGCAAACCGGACCAGGCCAGCAAGGAGCACAAGAAAACCGUGGGCCUGCAGUUCCGUAACUCUCUCCAUCUGCUAAUGGAGACACUAAACGCCACGACGCCACACUACGUCCGCUGCAUCAAACCCAAUGACUACAAAUACGCCUUCACGUUUGACCCGAAGCGGGCGGUGCAGCAGCUGAGGGCGUGUGGCGUCCUGGAGACCAUUCGCAUCUCCGCUGCAGGAUUUCCAUCCAGGUGGACCUAUCAGGAGUUCUUCAGCCGUUAUCGUGUGUUGAUGAAACAGAAAGACGUCAUGGCUGAUAGGAAAAUGACCUGCAGGAACGUUCUGGAGAAACUGGUGCAGGAUCAGGAUAAGUACCAGUUUGGGAAGACGAAGAUCUUUUUCCGAGCAGGUCAGGUUGCGUACCUGGAGAAACUCCGUGCAGAUAAACUGCGGGCCGCCUGCAUCCGCAUCCAGAAGACCAUCCGCUGCUGGCUGGAGCGCAAGAAGUACCUGCGCAUGAAACGAGCCGCCAUCAUCAUCCAGAGAUACGUCAGAGGAUACCAGGCCCGAUGCCUGGCCAAGUUUCUGCGCCGAACCAGAGCUGCCAUCAUCAUCCAGAAGUACCAACGUAUGUACGUGCAGAGAACCAGCUACAGGCGCAAGCGUAACGCCGCCCUCGCCAUGCAGUGUAUCCUCCGAGCGUACAUGGCUCGCCAGCAGUACAGAGCGCUGUUGCGUGAGCACAAAGCGAUCAUCAUCCAGAAGAUGGCACGCGGCUGGUUGGCACGUCAGUGGUAUAAGCGCUCUCUGGAGGCCGUGGUGUACCUGCAGUGCUGCGUGCGGCGCAUGAGAGCAAAGCGCGAGCUCAAGAAGCUGAAGAUCGAAGCUCGGUCCGUGGAGCACUACAAAAAACUCAACAUCGGCAUGGAGAACAAGAUCAUGCAGCUGCAGCGCAAAGUCGACGAGCAGAAUAAGGAGAUCCGUCUUCAGGGCGAGCGUCUGCACGGUUUGGAGAGCGCCCACGCCAUCGAGAGCGAGCGUCUACGCAAAGACCUGACUCGUCUACGCGGCGUGGAGGAGGAGGCGAGGAACAGCGCUAACCGUGUGAGCACGCUGGAGGAGGAGCUGGUGAAACUGCGCAAAGAUCUACAGACCACGCAGAAGGAGAAGAAGGCCAUCGAAGACUGGGCACAGACCUACCAAGACGAGAUGGAGCAGAUGAUCUCAGAGUUAAAGGAACAAAAUAACCUGUUGAAGAACGAGAAGGACGAUCUGAACCGUCUUAUCCAGGAACAGAGCCAACAGUGGACAGAGAGGAUGCAGAAGGCUCUGAAGGAGGAGAAGUCUCAGCUGGAGAGCGAUUUAAAUGAGGAGAGAUCACGAUAUCAGAACCUUCUCACAGAGCACCUGAGACUGGAGGAGAAAUAUGACGACCUCAAAGAGGAGAUCGCACUUAGCAUGAACAUACCCAAACCAGGCCACAGAAGAACCGACUCCACACACAGCAGCAACGAGUCCGAGUACACGUACAACUCCGAGUUCGCCGAGGCCGAGGAGGGAGCGCGAGGAGCCGAGGAUGUGACCAAAGGAGCAGGGUUGGACAUGGCUCUCUUCCUAAAGCUGCAGAAGCGAGUGACGGAGCUCGAACAGGAGAAACAGGGCCUGCAGAACGAACUGGACCGGAAAGACGAGCAGUUUCAGCGGGCUAGAGCCAGGGACGACGAAGAGCAUAAGAAGGCUCGCGGUGCUGAACUAGAGUAUGAAUCUCUCAAGCGUCAGGAGCUGGAGUCGGAGAAUAAGAAGCUGAGACACAAUCUAAACGAGAUGCGUCAGACUCUGGUGGGGAAAGACGGCUCCUCAUCAGCCUACAAGGUCCUGAUGGAGCAGUUACACUCCUCCAGCGAGGAGCUGGAGGUCCGGAAGGAGGAGGUGCUCAUCCUGCGCUCACAACUCGUCAGCCAGAAAGAAGCCAUGCAGCACAAGGAGACCAUGACGGAGCCGCUGCACUAUGUGGAGGACGUACACAAGCUCACAGAUGCUAAAGAGAUCUCUCAGGCUUACAUGGGCCUCAAGGAUACCAACAGAUCCCCCAGGGUUCAGCACAAGCCUUUCACAGUGAGCGAGUUGGUCAAUAGGCUGAGAUCCCCUCUCCCUGACAUGCGUAAGCUGAAUGAGGAUGGAGAGCUGUGGCUGGUGUAUGAGGGCUUAAAGGAGACCAACAGGUUGUUGGAGACUCAGCUGCAGGCUCAGCGGCGCACCCAUGAGGCCGAGCUGGAGGCUCUGCGUGGAGAACUGCACUGUGUGAAGGAGGAGAACCAGAGACAGCAGCAGCUCCUCACUCAGAACCUGCAGCUUCCUCCUGAGGCUCGAAUUGAGGCCAGUUUACAGCACGAGAUCACACGACUUACCAACGAGAACCUGGAAUUUCUGCUUGAGAGCCCAAAGGUCUACAAAAUCAACAUGCUGCGCAGGAUAAUUGAUCUCAUGGAACAGCUGGAGAAACAGGACAAGACGGUUCGCAAGCUGAAGAAGCAGCUCAAGGUGUUCGCCAAGAAGAUCAAUGACCUGGAAGACGGUCAGGUGGAGAACGUUUCUCCUGGUCAGAUGGCUGAUGAACCGAUCCGACCAGUGAACAUUCCUCGCCGAGAGAAAGACUUCCAGGGAAUGUUGGAGUACAAGAAGGAGGAUGAACUAAAGCUGGUCAAGAACCUCAUCAUGGAAUUAAAGCCUCGUGGUGUGGCAGUGAACCUGAUUCCCGGUUUGCCUGCUUACAUCCUCUUCAUGUGUUUACGACACGCCGACUACGUCAACGACGACCAGAAAGUCAGAUCACUGCUCACCUCCAUCAUCAACAGCAUCAAGAAGAUCCUCAAAAAGCGAGGUGAUGACUUUGAGACUGUAUCGUUCUGGUUGGCGAACACAUGCCGCUUCCUGCAUUGUCUGAAACAGUACAGCGGAGAUGAACAAUUUAUGAAGUUUAACAGCACUAAGCAGAAUGAACAUUCUCUGUCCAACUUUGACCUGGCUGAGUAUCGGCAGGUUCUCAGUGAUCUCGCCAUUCAGAUUUACCAACAACUCAUCAAGUGUAUGGAGAAUAUUCUACAGCCCAUGAUCGUCUCUGGCAUGCUGGAGCACGAGACCAUCCAGGGUGUGUCAGGUGUGAAGCCCACUGGUCUGCGCAAGAGGACGUCCAGCGUAGCUGAUGAGGGAACGUUCACGCUCGACUCCAUCAUACGCCAGCUUAACUCCUUCCACAGCAUCAUGUGUCACCAUGGCAAUGACCCUGAGCUCAUAAAGCAGGUCGUCAAGCAACAGUUCUACAUCAUUGGUGCCGUCACACUCAACAACCUGCUGCUGCGCAAAGAUAUGUGCUCCUGGAGCAAGGGCAUGCAGAUCAGGUAUAAUGUGAGCCAGUUGGAGGAGUGGUUGAGGGAGAAGAACCUGAUGGUUUGUGGGGCGAAGGAGACACUGGAGCCACUGAUUCAGGCAGCACAGUUACUGCAGGUUAAGAAGAAGACAGAUGAGGACGCUGAGGCCAUCUGCUCCAUGUGUAAUGCUUUGAGUACUGCUCAGAUUGUGAAGGUGUUGAACCUGUACACUCCUGUCAAUGCGUUUGAAGAGAGAGUGUCUGUAGUAUUCAUACGAACCAUACAGAAUCGACUGAGGGACCGUAAGGAGUCACCUCAACUCCUCCUGGACACAAAGGUUAUCUACCCCGUGACGUUCCCGUUCAACCCGUCCUCCCUCGCCCUGGACACCAUUCAGAUCCCCAGCAGCCUCAACCUGUCCUUCCUCACUCGAGUCUAAUCCCUGCGCUCGUUCCUCCUCAGCCGAUCGCAUCAGGCUCUGAGAUAAAGAGGAAACGAAGCAUGGUCUCAUCUUCACUGAGAAUCGAUACGGUGAAACAGACUUCAUUAAUGUUACGCACGUUUAAGCACACACACUCUGAGUCCUCAGUCACUGGAAAAUUACAUUUCAAACGGGAACGUACCAUAUCACCACGAGCGGGGGGGCAAAGGGUCUAGACCUCCUCGUUCUCCUGAUGCUCCGUUCUCUUUGUACAGUCAGACCACACAGAUAUGACACAGUAUAAGAUUAAGUACGACGCCGGGAUGUUUUAUUUAUUGCCCUAAGCCGCCGUCUCUCAUCGCUUCGUCUCCUCUUUAAAUAGUGGUUGUUUCCAGAUCCUGGACAAAUCCAAACAGGAAGUAAAUAUAACAUGUUGUCCUCUAUUUAUGUCCUUAUCAUAAAUAAUAUGGAGUCAGUUUUAACAAGGCUCAGUCCGUGUGAUGUAGAUGUUUAUUUGUUAGCAGACCAUGUAGUUUUAGAUCCGUAGAUAUUCGUGUCUUGUGUGAUGAUGAUGAUGAUGAUGAUGAUAUGGAGGAAGAGGAGGAGCAACCUGCACUUUUUUGUUCUUUGUUUUGUUUUCAAGCGAAAGUUUAUUCCGUUCUCAGCAUUCCCACGUUCUUCGUUAACUUUGUUCCGUUCUCAUCUCGCGUCCUGAUUUUCCGCGGCGUACGUUAGGUGAGAUCAGACAGUCGCACACUUGCUCAUAAGAAAUCCCACCCAGGCGUCUUUCCCUUCUAACGGUUUUAACACCCUUCGAUAUAACGAUGCAACUACAGCGGGAUUGUGAAGGUCGCAAAACGUGUCUUUGUUACAAAAUAAUAGAAUUAGCCUGAUGUUAGUUAGUAGUGAAGCUAAGCUCACACUGUUAGUGAUCUAAUAGCAGCAGCCAUAUCGUGUCAUCAAAACCAGCACUUCACGCUCCGUAUCGUUAGAAACGUGUGCGGUGAAUUUACUUAAGCUCCGCCCACGUGGACGCUGACCCACGGACACGAUCGAUGUCAGGAUGAAAAAGAUAAAGUGAUAAACUGUCUAAAAUCUCUCUGCUCCUUACCCUCUUUUUUAAGUUCCGUAAGUUUUUUUAUGUGUGUGAAUUAAAACAGAUUUGUUCCUUAUAACAGUAUUAUAGAGUUAAAAAGGUCACUACGACAGCAUGUUAAACUGUAGUCAUGAAUUAUUAUAUAAAGAUCAAAACGUUCUAUAGGCAGAGCUGGUUUUCUUUGUUUGUUUGUGCCAGAGAGACCGAUGAGCAACACACACACACACACACACACACACUCUCUCUCUCUCUCUCUCUUAGCGCUUGCCUUUAAAUGCCUUACUGUGUUCAGCGUUAGUGGAUUUUUUUCUAGUCUGUUUAAAACCUCGAGCUUCAGCUGAUCAUGUGGAGGUGAGGUGAAGAUUUCUGUGGUGUUCGGUUGACGUUCGUGACUUUGUGACUUCUCUCUCUGCUGUUUCAGCCUCGUUUGUGUAUCAGGAGAUUAUUUAUUUAGAAGAGGAAGAAAACUGAAAUAAAUCAGCCGAAGUGCUGAAGCGUUAGCGACGUCGUGUCAUAUUUCACCUUUCCAGGCCUUUACUCUGGAGCAGAAAGGUACAUGUGACAUCAUUUCCUGUUUUCUUUCAUCGUCACUAAGCAGAUGAUUUCCUGUGAAAAGCGGUGAUGAGCUGGUGUAAGUGAAUCAUAUCAUUUUUAUGCACUUUUGUGAUAUUUCCUUUGGAGAGAAACGUUUAUUCAGAGACGCAGAGAUCCGAUUACGGACAUCCGAACCUCCACGCGGUCAGAUUUCGCGGCGGUGUUACAGAUAUGUGACGUAAACAAUCUUAGAUUUAUGCAAAGUAGUUUGUUUAGGCUUAUUCCUCACCAUAAGAGAAUUAUAACGACGGGGACGCAGCUUAUAAACACACUCACAUGUUCAGUACCUUUGCUAACUGCUCAGGUUAAGAUAAAAUACAUAACAUCAGAAAUAUCAGAUUUAUUGGAUUGUUCGUUCCUGCUUUAAGUAUUUGUUUACAUUUUCACAUUUUUGGUUUAUAUGCUUGUGUUUUUUUUUCCUGAAUGAACAGUCGUGUCGACAUCACUUCCUGUUUGCUGACGUUGUGAUCAGUGCUGCGUUGUUGUAGUUCAGUAUGCACUUUGAGCUGAUUUUGAAUAAAAACAGAGUUCUUUACUGUAUCCUGUAGAGUACAAGUCAGUGUGGAGCUCGAACCCUUCACACCUUCAGACCCACAACAAGUAACAGAGACUCGAAACGUCCUUCACAUGAAGCUCCACAAACACACAGCAGACAUGGAGGUCAAGCAGAAUCACCAGAACAUUGACAAUAAAAUCAUGUCAUAAGGUGAAUCAUAUCAGGUGGGAAAUAGUUCAGGCACUCGGGUGGAAAAUAAAUAGUUACUGGGCCUGUUUUCUGGUGUGAUUUUGUUUGUUUGUUUGUUUGUUUACUACAAAAGGAAAAGUAGCACUGCUUCAUUUAUAAAGCUAAAGUUUCUGGUAUUAUCAGAUCUUUAUUCUGGUGAAUCUGAUUCCACUCCAUUUUUGUGGUUGGGGAAGGAAAAAAAAGAAAAAAAUGUUUUUAGCUGAAAUUUCCUCUUAAUCAUGUGUCAUUGCUUCUUAAACCACCGUACUGCAUUACACUGAGUGUGUGUGUGUGUGUGUGUGUGUGUGUGUGUGUGAGCGAGAGAUCCCCAAAGACUUGCUGUAUUAGUAUGGAGUUGCACUAAAUCCCUUUCUUUCCCUAAGCUGUUCAUUCAUGCCUGUAUAAAAGCGUAGCGUUAGCUAACAUUGUUAGCGUUGGCAGAAAUGCUAAUCGUCCCCUGAACUGUAAACAGUCAGUCCUGCUGAAAGCCAUGUGGGAGCGACGGUCUCCUCUGAUUCGUCUGUGAGGAAACCUCGUUCAGUUUCUGUAGCUGUAACGAUCACGUGUCCAAACUUGUUCGAGUCUAAUAAAAGAAAUAAACACUAAA